AUGGCCGAGGUCUACUCGAAUGGAAACUCUUCUUCACCCUCUUAUGACUAUCGCUACUCGCAUCAGCCUUGGAAUGUGGUCACUCAGACGGUGUGUCUUGUCGUGAGUACUGGCUUUGUUGCCAUGCGGCUGUAUUCGAAGAUCCAUAUCACGAAAGCGCCUGGUUGGGAAGACUGUAUGUGGGAUCUUGUUGUUAUUCGUUUUGGGCUCGUCGAUGAGGUGCUGAUGAGCUGUGUUCUAGGGACAUGCUGUCUGGCUUGGCUCGGACUGUUAGGUUUUGUCGGUAUCUCCCUCGAGGCAGACAGACAUGGAAUCGGUGUUCAUCAAUGGGAGGUUGAUCCCCAUGAUCUGAGCGAUUUCGCCAAACUGAUAAACGCAUCGCAGGUUCUCUAUGGGCCUCUGAUAUUCCUCACCAAACUAUCCAUCUUCCUUCUUUACUUGCGGGUGUUCGCUCCAUCUCCCAAGUGUAACCAGUGGUGGUUCAUACAGAUUCUCAUGGGGCUGAACUUUUUCUUCUACUUGGCAGAUACUAUCGUGAAGAUCUUUGAAUGCACACCAAGAGCAAGGAUCUGGGAUAAGACUGUCCCGGGUCGUUGCAUUGACGCUGUCAUACCUGUCCUUGUGACGUCCAUCGUGAACGUCGUCUCGGAUAUCAUGAUGCUGCUGAUGCCCAUCAGAUGUGUCUGGCGGUUGCAAAUCACUUUACGGAAGAAAGUAGGCAUUACAGCUAUAUUUGCAGCUGGUCUUUUCGGCUGUCUCGCCAGCGUGAUGCGUCUGCGUUGGAGCGUCAAAAACCGCAACACAACGGAUAAUACUUACGAUGCGUUUCCUGAGCUUUUAUGGACAACGGCGGAAAUAACCUCUGGAAUUAUCGCCAGUAGCUUACCAGCCCUGCCGAGCUUCUACAGACACACCUCCCAAAAAGCCAAGAGACUCGUCAGGAGCAUAAGCACCGCAAGUCUGACUACAUUCAAGAGAAGACUACCCAGCACAGGCAACGGAUCUGGGGCUCGACAGUCUGUUUCGCAUCUUUCCUGGCAUCCAAGUUCCGAUCCAAGCAGAUCCGAACUGGUGCGGUCCGGAUCGGACUGGGAGAUGGGGGAGAUCGGACCAUUUCACGGAACGUUCUUCAUGACUACAACAGGCACUGCGGAGGGAGAUGGGGAGAAGGGGUUCCACUCUAAUAUUGAUGGGCUCCGGGUGGAGGAGGAGGGAUGUAAACAACAACUGCCGAGGGGUGGAAUUCUGAAGACAGUGCAGGUGGAGAUUGAGUCUGGGCCUGCUCUGAAAGAUGCUCGCUACGCACUGCCGCAACGGCCAACCAAAACCCAGCAAAGUCUAUCGCGAUUCCAUCCGCACCGACGCCCCUCGACUUCGACAACUCCCAGCAGCAACCUCCGUCGUCGCCAACCCGCAGUCGUCCCAACCGUCGUGAUGGCGCAAGAACGUUCCGGAAUCGUGGUCGGUCUGAACAAGGGCCACAAAACCACCCCCCUCAACACCCCCAAGACCCGGAUCAGCCGUACCAAGGGCCAGUCUUCCCGCCGCACGGCCUUCGUUCGUGAGAUCGCCCGCGAGGUUGUCGGUCUUGCCCCCUAUGAGCGUCGUAUCAUCGAACUCCUGAGAAACACUCAGGACAAGCGCGCUCGUAAGCUCGCCAAGAAGAGACUCGGUACCUUCGGCCGUGGCAAGAGAAAGGUCGAGGACAUGCAGCGUGUCAUCGCCGAGGCCCGCCGCACUGGCGCUCACUAA